AAAUCAAGUGGUGACGUGUUGCUGAGAGCGGCCGAGGUUUCGAACGUCAUCCCCGGCCUCCCGUUCUCAGACAUCCCGAGUUCCAGGCCUGCGUCCCGGCCUCCCUGAGCUCCGGUUCCCGGGCCUCCCAGGAUGGAGACUUUAUAUCAUCAAACCAAUAAGCAGAUCCAUGAGGUGCAAGCCCACAUGGGGCGGCUGGAGAAGGCGGAUGCGCAAUCUGUUCACUUGGUGGAAAAUGAAAUCCAAGCCAGAAUAGAUCAAGUAUUUAGCAGCUUGGAGCGGCUUGAAAUAUUGACUAGCAAGGAGCCACCAAACAGACGUCAGAAUGCCAAGCUCCGAGUGGAUCAACUGAAAUAUGAUUGCCAGCACUUACAAACAGCUUUAAAGAAUUUCCAGCACCGCCGCUAUACACGCGAGCAACAGGAUCGAGAGCGUGAGGAAUUGUUGACGCGCACAUUCACAACCAAUGAUGCUGACACCUCAAUAGCAAUAGACGAGACCUUGCAGUUUAAUACUUCUUUACACAAUGCACACAAAGGAAUGGAUGAUCUUCUGGGGAGCGGGUCCUCUAUUCUCACUGGACUACGGGAUCAGCGGAUGACUCUCAAGGGAGCACAAAAGAAGGUCCUAGAUGUGGCAAAUAUGUUGGGAAUGUCAAAUACUGUGAUGCGUCUGAUUGAGAAACGGGCCUUCCAGGACAAAUUCAUCAUGAUCGGUGGAAUGAUUGUUACCUGCAUUAUCAUGGUCUUGGCAGUUAAAUACUUGACAUGAGCAGAUGCCUUUGUGAUGCAGUCUUCUACAGGAACCAGUCAGUAAUUCCUUGAGAAGCUGGCCAAAUCUGUCUGGCUCAUUGCUUUCAGAAUCGUUCCCCUCCCUUCAGCCUGCCUCAAACCUUUUACAGGACCAAAUUUGGACAACUGAUCUCAAUGAACAAUUUUAGUGUGCACACUUAGCAAUAAAGCUUCCAAUUGUUUCUGACAGGAAGACUGAUCAAAGUCGUGAUGAAGGCUAUUAAUUCUAGUUAUAGUGAAUAAAAUACUGCAUAUCAAUGAACUUUAUAUUCUUGUACCUGGAAUAGAAGAAUAUUUCAGUCACUCUGUACAUUGAUUAAAAUGUUUUUAACCAGGAAGCUACUUUUUGGCAGUUAUCUCCUCUCAGCACUGCCACCCCAAUAUUUUUCCCUUCUUCAAAAAAAAAGUUAAAUAAUUGCAGAUAUUUGCUGUGGUGGCUUCAAAACCAGCACUUCCCAAUGUAAUCUGUUAAUCCUUGACUGUCAAAGGUUGAAUUCUAGGAAUGCCGUGAACAGUGACAUAAGUUGUGCUUCAGAAACUGGCUAGCCUCUGUGCAAUUUCCCAGUUUCUUAAGUUCAAAGGGGAAGAAGUCCCUAUUCCAGAGUUCCACCAAUUCCAAAUCCAUUCCAAGGCUGAUUUCUGUGGUUCGUGUCCACUCAGCUAGACCUUAUGUUAAGGUUUUGAAAAAAGUAAGAGAGAUUUCCCCCUCGUUCCCCCCAAUAAUGUAUCCUGCCAGUAUUUCUUCCUCAUUCAGCAUUGUUCACGGCGUUGGAGUUCGGAGCUCAGCCCUGACAACUGUACAUUCUCCCCGUGGAAUCUGUAGGUUUUUCUUGGGUGCUUCAGUUUCCUCCCACAGUCCAAAGAUGUAACAGUUAGUUGGUUAAUUAGUCAUUGUAAAUUGUCCCGUGAUUAGAUUAGCAUCAAGUCAGGGAUUGUUGGGGGUUGCUUGGUGGUGAGGGUUCGAGGGCCAAUUCCUCACUGUAUCUAAAAAUAAGUAAAUAAGCAAAUGUUACUCAGAAAACAAUUAGAUGUGGCACCCUGCUUUGAGCAAUUGGCCAACAAUGGCCACACAGUGACACCACUGGCAGAAGGUUGUAAUUGCAAUACAAGCAAUUUUAGAUAAUACAGGUCAAAGCUCACUAGUCUGUCACACUUGACCUGACCAUUGCCAGAUCACAGAAAUUGCACCAGAUGAUCUUCCUCUGAGUAGAAGAAUGGUUCUUUUUAAAUUAUAUAUACUCCCUGGGUUACCUAAAGGUUCUGAGAACUAAGUGUAACCCAGUUUCCAUAAGUCAGAAACACUGUCAGUUGAGUCAACAUGGGAGGGUUAAUCAGUACAGAUUUUAAAUUUUAGACCUUUACUAGAUCAUGCUUAGAAUUAGUUAAUUAGUACAAAUCAGUACUACAAAUUUAAAAUCACAGUGCUAGGUGAGAGAAUGUCAACCUAGAUUGAGACAUUUGAUGACGGUCAACUCUAACCAUCUGCCACAGCUCAAAUGAUGGGUCCCAAGCAGUGCUGCUCAGCAAGUGUGCAAGAUAUCCCAAUCCCUACCUACUGGAGUUUACACAAUGAUCACUUUCAAAGAAAAGUCAAAAUAUGCAGGGAGCUUGAGGGAAAAUGGGGAUAUAUUUAAAAUGUCGCCUCUAAAUAUUUUCAUUAUUGCUGUUUGAGCCUGUAUUCAUUAUAAAACAACAAACUUGUUUUUUCAGUCUUGAUGGUCUCCAGAUGUGUUCAGUGUGGCAAUGGCAUAUUAUAAAAGUGGUGUCCCAUUGUGUAUCAGUACCUAAAGACCAUCAGUUUGUGUUUGAUGAAAAUAUGUGAUGUGAACUGCUCUUGACUGAAGCAAGCUGUUUGUUGACUGUGCAUCAGACUGUGACAACUUUCCACAGAAACAUCUCUUGUUUGGCCUGCAUAUACUUUAAAAACUAUCUGCCAUAUAGUAAUUAAAAAAAAGCCUAACUGGCAUCCUUGCUCAUUA